GAACACCUGAUAUACCCGCGGCCACACUCCUUCUGCCCUUGGCCUCUUCCCGCAAACCCUAGCACGCCGCCGCCGCCGCCACUGCCACUGCCCCGCCGCGCCUCGGCUCCAACCAACCGCAGCCAUGGCGGACGUCGACGUCGAGGCGGAGGUCGCCGCCGCGGGGCAGCCUAAGAAGAGGACGUUCCGCAAGUACAGCUACCGCGGCGUGGACCUCGACGCGCUCCUCGACAUGUCCACCGACGACCUCGUCCAGCUCUUCCCCGCCCGCGCCCGCAGAAGGUUCCAGAGGGGUCUGAAGAGGAAGCCGAUGGCUCUCAUCAAGAGGCUGCGCACGGCGAAAAAGGAGGCACCUGCUGGUGAGAAGCCCGAGCCUGUCAGGACUCAUCUGCGCAACAUGAUCAUUGUGCCAGAGAUGAUAGGUAGCGUAAUUGGAGUGUACAAUGGGAAAACAUUCAACCAGGUUGAGAUCAAGCCUGAGAUGAUUGGGCACUACCUUGCUGAAUUCUCCAUCAGUUACAAGCCCGUCAAGCACGGAAGGCCCGGUAUCGGUGCUACCCAUUCCUCCAGGUUCAUCCCUCUCAAGUGAAGAAUCCGAGGGCAUGCUCGUGUCUGCGUCAAAGUUAUCUGGCCCUGCUGCAAUCUGUUAUUGGAUAAGGCUUUGUUAUUUAGCAUUUAGUGCUUUGUCGGAGGAACGUUUGUCCACCAAUGAAUUCUAGUUCUUUUUAGUGAAAUUUUGACAUGUGCGCUACUUGCGAUUUGGAAUUGAAAGUAGAGAUAUAUAUUGCAAUCCCAACCCUGUUAUCUGUCAGUGUAUUUUGUAUUCCUUCCUGUCUCGCUUGUCAACUGAAAUGGUUGUUUUUUUCA